UAAAAAAUAUAUCUAUCGAAAGAAUAUAAAAUUUGAAAGAUAAAAUAUAAAAGGUUUGUAGAUACCAAAGUGAAUAUUUCAAAUCAGCCUAAAAGUUACCGCCCUUCUUGUCUAUUCCAAUAUUUCUUUUAAUUUUCCCUUUUAAUAUAUUAUUUUUACUAUACAUUUCUUCAAGUUCCAUCUUUGCCCUAAAACUUAUCAACAAAUAUCACAGGGAAAAGAAAAAGAAAAAAAAAUCAUGAUCAUUUGACUAAGUUUAAAUCUGUAAUUAUACCAAAUAUAUUUUGAAGAUUCAAAUCUAAUGAUGUUACCAGAGCAAACUUGUCGACGUUUUACCCUUUCUGAGAUUAAACUUGCAACCAAAAAAUUCCACAAGACAUUGGUUAUUGGCCAUGGGGGAUUCGGGACGGUAUAUGGAUGUCGUAGCAAGAAAAUUGGGUUGGUCAGUGAAAUUGCAAUCAAACGCUUGGAUUCCAAGUCCAUCCAAGGAGCCAGUGAAUUUGAAGCGGAAGUUGAGGUACUUUCGAAGCUGCGGCAUGGUAAUCUAGUGCCACUAAUCGGCUAUUGCAAUGAAGGCGGAGAGAUGAUCCUGGUUUAUGAAUUUAUGCCAAAUGGAACUCUUGGAUAUCAUCUCUUCAAAGGCGAUCUAUCUUGGUUACAAAGACUAAAGAUUUGUGUAGGCACGGCUCGUGGAUUAGAUUACCUCCACACAGACUUUGGAUUGGCUAAAGUUGGCCCAAUAAACCAGACACGGAGUUCUGUGAGAACCGGAGUCAAAGGGACAUUUGGGUAUAUGGAUCCAUGUUACUUCUAUAGCGGAAAACUGACAAGAAAAUCUGAUGUUUAUGCCUUUGGAAUUGUACUGUUUGAGGUUCUGUGUGGGAAGAAAGCCGUUGAUCCAACCAUUGACAAAGAUCAAUGGAGUUUAGCAGUUUGGGCUCAAGACCAAAUCAAAGAAGGUAGACUAAGCCAACUUAUCGAUUCUAGACUGAUGGGACAAAUCUCAAAAAAAUGUUUGAAAGAGUUUGUAAGCAUAGCAGGACAGUGCUUACAAAAUCAACCAAAAAUGCGCCCAACGAUGUCGGAGGUUGUGGUCAAGCUUGAGUCUAUUAUGUCACAAGAAAGAAAAAAUGCUGAUAUUAGUGCUGGUAAAGGAGGAUUAAUUGACAAGGUAAGGUUUUUUCUCACGGGCAAACUUAACAUGAUGGCAUCUCCUGCAGUGGGAAGCCAAUCUGAAAGAAGUGCUAAUGAUAUUUUGUUAACAAAAAAAGGUAUUAAGAUAAUCAGCAGCAGAUGUCCAAGAAUUUUUACGUAUGCUGAAUUGAAAGAUGCAACAAACAACUUCCGACACAAAGAGUAUUCCAGAUCUUUGCAUGAAAUCAUUUACAAAGGAUGGCUAGAUGAAGAGAAAUAUGCUCCAGCCGAAAGUGGUGAUGGUUUGGCGUUGUAUGUUAGACAGGCGUACACUGGAAAACGGAAGAUAGGUUUCAAAGUAGAAGAAUUCAUUCAUCCGAACCUUGUCAACCUGUUGGGAUAUUGUCAAACUGCUAAUAAUAGUUUAUAUCUUGUCUAUGAGCUAAUUCCAGAUGCUAGUUUAGACAAACUUCUUUUUAGAGGUACAUCUCCUCUUUCUUGGGUUUCCCGGUUGAAGAUAGCUAUAGGAGCUGCACAAGGCCUAUCUUUCUUACAUCAGAGAAAGCAAGCGUCAUAUAGACAAUUCAUGACUGCUGUUAUACUGGUAGACGAUUAUUUUAAUGUUCGGCUUUCAGAUUAUGAAGUGCACCAAUCGUGUAUAUAUAAAGAUUCAAACUUCUUCACCGAUAGAUUUUACGCGUCACCAGAGUUGCGUAAAGUCCAACAAUUGGAGCGUCAUGCUGCUGCACAGAUCAUUUCGAACAAAUCUGGAAUGAAGGUGUUUGAUGACAACAGACAACAGGAAAAACAAAAUUUGGUAGAAUGGGCUACUCCAUUACUAACACAUGAGGCAAAUUUAAGAAUAAUUAUCGACCCACAACUCAGACAUGAAAAAUAUCCCCCAAAAGGAGCAUUCAAGUUCGCUUUACUUGUUUCUAAGUGUCUUCAUUCCGAUCCAAAGAUGCGUCCUUGCAUGAAAGAAAUUGUAAAGAUUUUGUAUGAGUGCUAUAAAAUGUACACGGAAGACAACUCUUAA